AUGGGCGGUGGAACUCCGGCUGAGGCUCAGCCACUGCAACGAGGCGAUGGAGGAGUGAAAUUGGAGAGGAAAAUCAAUCUAUUCUCCGGCUGUGCGAUCAUCGUCGGUGUUAUUGUCGGCUCGGGGAUCUUUGUCAGUCCAAAAGGUGUCCUCCUGGAAGCGGGCAGUGCCGGUGUCUCUCUUUUCGUUUGGUUACUAUCGGGACUUUUCUCAAUGAUUGGCGCUUUAUGCUAUGCGGAAUUGGGGACAUCAAUCCCGAAAAGUGGUGGAGAUUACGCGUACAUUCAUGAGGCUUUCGGCGGUCUGCCCUCGUUCCUCUUUUUGUGGAUGGCACUGGUGAUCAUCAAUCCAACAUCGAUCGCGAUCAUUGCUCUUACCUUUGGCAACUACUCGUUGAAGCCUUUCUUUCCGACUUGCGAUGUGCCGGAUGAUGCGGUGAGACUGCUGGCGGCUUGUGUCAUUGCCCUUCUCACCUUUCUCAACUGCUACUCAGUCUCAUUGGCUACAAAGGCGAACGAUGUGUUCACUGUCACAAAAGUCUCAGCUCUCAUCAUUAUCAUUUUCACUGGAAUUUUUUGGUUGAUCAUUGGUCACACCGACUACUUCGAGAUGCCCGAAGUAAUGGAAGGGACAAAAUACGCACCCUCAUCUCUCUCAUUGGCUUUCUACUCAGGAGUAUUCUCGUUCUCUGGAUGGAGUUAUCUCAACUUUGUCACCGAAGAGUUGCAAGAGCCAUUCAAGAAUCUCCCCCGUGCCAUUUACAUCUCAAUCCCCGCCGUCACGAUCAUCUAUUUUCUCGUCAAUGUUGCCUACUUUGCGGUUUUAUCAGUGGAUGAGAUUCUCGAAUCAAACGCCGUCGCGGUGAGCUUCGCCGAACGAGUGUGGUAUCCAUUGGGUGUGGCUAUGCCGUUCUUUGUCGCCUGCUCAUGUAUUGGAGGGAUGAACGGUCUCCUUUUCACCGGUAGUCGAAUGUUCUUCGCUGGAGCUAGAGAUGGUCUUUUACCAGAAAUCUUUUCGAUGAUCAAUCUCAAAUAUAUCACUCCGAUUCCAUCAUUGCUCUUUUUAGGAGUUCUUUCAAUCGGGAUGUUGUACUCCGGAAAAGUCUAUGCUCUCAUCAAUUAUCUGGCUUUUGCUGAAACCCUUGUUGUUUUUGGUUCGGUGGCCGGUUUGCUUUGGAUGCGCUUCAGUCGGCCAAAUAUGGAAAGGCCUAUUAAAUUCAACAUCAUCCUCCCAAUCAUCUUUUUCGUUAUGUGCAUCUUUCUGCUGGUUUUCCCGUUCUUUUCAGAGCCAGCCGAGCUCUUCGUUAGCGUGGCGCUGAUUCUCAGCGGUGUGCCGGUGUAUUUCCUUUUUGUUGUUCUAAACACACGGAUACCACGAUUUCUCUAUCAACCGUGGGUCCGUUUCACGCAUUUCAUCCAAUAUCUAUGCUAUUGUGUGCCCGAGACUCCACACGAGGAU